UGGUGUUGUGUCACUAGACUUUGACCAGAUAUUAUUACAUCCAAAGAUCAACUGAACCUAGAACAUAGAUACAGAGACACUUGUCAUCAGGAAGGUUCUCUCUCAACACAACGGAAAAUAUCUCAAUGACUUGACAUGUUCUGGUUGUGAAUUCAGGCUACAAGGGGUCAGUGCUCUAAAAUGAGUCUCUCUGGGGAGAGAAAGGAGAGAAAGGAGGGGGGGCCUGCCUCUAAAAGGAGUCUCUCUGAGGAGAGCGAGGAGGGGGGGCCUGCCUCUAAAAGGAGUCUCUCUGAGGAGAGCGAGGAGGGGGUCCCUGCCUCUAAAAGGAGUCUCUCUGGAGAACAUGACACCAAAGCUAAGAGUCCAAUCAAGCAGGAGAGACCAGCCUCCCCUGUACCCAGCUGUGUGUCCAUGAAGAGUGACCGGUCUAUGUAUCAACCUAUACACUUUAGAGAGGGAGACUUUUCUACUGAACAAAGAAACCAACAGGAGAGAUCAGAGUCAGAGAUUCUCAGUGGUCAGUCUUCCCAGAGUCAUCAAACAGACCUGGACUCCAUAUUCAGUAUGCUUGAAGAUAAAAUUAUGACAUUUGUGAAGAACGAGCUGAAGAUGUUCAAGAGGAUUCUUAGUCCAGAACUCCCAGAAGGCUUUGAGAGUCAGAAGCAGGAUAAGGAAGUGGUGGAUGCUGAAGAUGAGAAGCAGGAGAGCAGUGCCAGAGAGGGGGCUCUGAAGAUCACACUGCACAUCCUGAGGAAAAUGAACCAGAAGGAGCUUGCUGACACACUGGAGAAAUAUUCAGAUGAUCCUGCUGUGAUUUGCCAACGUGAACUCAAAUCUAAGCUAAAGAAGAAGUUUCAAUGUGUAUUUGAGGGGAUCGCUAAACAAGGAAACCCAACACUUCUCAAUAAGAUCUACACAGAGCUCUACAUCACAGAGGGUGGAACAGGAGAGGUCAAUAAUGAACAUGAGCUGAGACAGAUUGAGACAACAACCAGGAAACAAGCAAGACCAGAGACUGCAAUCAAAUGUAACGACAUCUUCAAACCCUUAACUGGACAAGACAAACUUAUCAGAACUGUGCUGACAAAGGGAGUCGCUGGCAUUGGAAAAACAGUCUCUGUGCAGAAGUUCAUUCUGGACUGGGCUGAAGGAAAAGCAAAUCAGGAUGUCCAAUUUGUAUUUUCAUUCCCUUUUCGGGAGCUGAAUUUGAUGAAAGAGGACAAACACACUUUCAUUGAACUUCUCAAUCACUUCUCAAUGGAAACCAAACAAUCAGGAAUCUCCAACUACGACAAGUACAAAGUUCUGUUCAUCUUUGAUGGUCUGGAUGAGUGCCGACUGCCCCUAGACUUCCAGAAGAACAAGAUCUGUUGGGACGUCACAGAGUCAACCUCAGUGGAUGUUCUGCUGACAAAUCUCAUCAAGGGAAAUCUGCUUCCCUCUGCUCUCCUCUGGAUAACUACCCGACCUGCAGCAGCCAAUAAGAUCCCUUCAGGGUGUGUUGACCAGGUGACAGAGGUACGAGGGUUCAAUGACCCACAGAAGGAGGAGUACUUCAGGAAGAGAUUCAGGGAUGAGGACCUGGCCAGCAGAAUCAUCUCACACAUAAAGACAUCAAGGAGCCUCCACAUCAUGUGCCACAUUCCAGUCUUCUGUUGGAUUUCUGCAACAGUCCUUGAACACAUGCUGGAACAUAAGAGAGAAGAGAUGCCCAAGACUCUGACUGAGAUGUACACACACCUUGUGGAGUUUCAUACCAAACAGAAGAAUGAAAAGUAUCUUGGGAAAGAAGAGACAGGUCCACACUGGAAUAAAGAGAGCAUUCUGUCACUGGGAAAACUGGCUUUUCAACAGCUUGUGAAAGGCAAUCUGAUUUUCUAUGAAGAAGACCUGAAAGAGUCUGGCAUUGAUGUUAAUGAAGCCUCAGUGUACUCAGGAUUGUGCACACAGCUCUUUAAAGAGGAAUGUGGGCUGUACCAGGACAAGGUGUACUGCUUUGUUCAUCUGAGCAUUCAGGAGUUUCUGGCUGCUGUAUAUGUGUUCCUCUCAUUCAUCAACAACAAUGAGAAUCUAAUGGAUGAACUGCAAACAAGUGACAAGUCUGAAGUUACUUUCUAUAAGAGUGCUGUGGAUAAAGCCUUACAAAGUGAGAUGGGAAACCUGGACCUUUUCCUCCGCUUCCUUCUGGGCCUCUCAUUGGAGUCCAAUCAGAAGCACUUACGAGGUCUACUGACAAAGACAAGAAGCAGCUCAAAGACCCAUGAAAAAACAGUCAAGUACAUCAAGGAGAAGAUCAGGAAGAAUCCCUCUCCAGAGAGGAGCAUCAAUCUGUUCCACUGUCUGAAUGAACUGAAUGACCAUUCUCUAGUGGAGGAGAUCCAAAGCUACCUGAGAUCAGGAAGUCUCUCAGAAGACGAAUUGUCACCUGCACAGUGGUCAGCUCUGGUCUUUGUGUUGCUGACUUCAGAAAAGGAGCUGGAUGUGUUUGACCUGAAGAAAUACUCCAGAUCAGAGGAAGGUCUUCUGAGGCUGCUGCCAGUGGUCAAAGCCUCCAGAGCUGUUCUGCUGUCAGACUGUGGAGUCACAGAGGAAGGCUGUGCUUCUCUGGUCUCAGCUCUGGAGUCAAACCCCUCACACCUGAGAGAGCUGGACCUGAGUAACAAUGACCUGAAGGAUUCAGGAGUGAAGCUGCUCUCUGCUGGACUGGAGAAUCCCCACUGUAAACUGGAGACUCUGAGACUCACUGGCUGUAAACUCACAGACACAUCCUGUAAAGUGUUGGCCUCAGUUCUCAGUUCAAACCCCUCACACCUGAGAGAGCUGGACCUGAGUAACAAUGACCUGAAGGAUUCAGGAGUGAAGCUGCUCUCUGCUGGACUGGGGAAUCCCCACUGUAAACUGGAGACUCUGAGGCUGUCAGGCUGUCUAGUCACAGAGGAAGGCUGUGCUUCUCUGGUCUCAGCUCUGAGGUCAAACCCCUCACACCUGAGAGAGCUGGACCUGAGCUACAAUCACCCAGGAGACUCAGGAGUCAGACUGCUCUCUGCUGGACUGGAGGAUCCACACUGCAGACUGGAGAAACUCAAUGUGGAACAUGGUGGAGAGAACAGAAUGAAACCUGGACUUAGAAAAUAUGUCUGUGAUCUCACACUGGACCUAAACACAGUAAACAGACACCUCUCUCUGUCUGAGGAGAACAGAAAGGUGACAUGGAGGACAGAGGAGCAGCCGUAUCCUGAUCACCCAGAGAGAUUUGAGGGCUGUGGACAGGUGCUGUGUAGAGAGGGUCUGACUGGGCGCUGUUACUGGGAGGUAGAGUGGAGUGGGAGAGGGGCUGAUAUAGGAGUGACAUAUAAAGGAAUCAGCAGGAGAGGAGGAGGUGCUGGAGUCUGUUGGCUUGGAUACAAUGACAAGUCCUGGAGUCUGUUCUGCUCUGUCAACAGUUACUAUGCCAGGCACAAUAAUAAUCGGACUAUCAUAGUCGUCCCCCCCUCCAGCUCCCACAGAGUAGGAGUGUAUCUGGACUGGCCAGCCGGCACUCUGUCCUUCUAUAGAGCCUCCUCUGACACACUGACCCACCUGAUCACAUUCACCUCCACAUUCACUGAGCCCCUCUAUCCAGGGUUUUGGGUUUGGGGUGAUGGUGACUCAGCGUCCCUGAAAUAAUAAUAAUCAGUGAUACAAAUACA